AGCAAAUAAUUUGGUGGAAAACGAAAACCAUUUGAUAAGUAACAGAAAAAAAUGUUGGACUGAGAAAUAUGAUUCCCGAAUUCCUCGUUAAUUUGUUUCUUGAUCUUCCAAAAAAAAAAAUUUUAACUUUUUAAUUUUUCCUAUCAAUUUCUUCUAAAAGAUCAAAUAAAAAUGUUAUGAUAAAAAUUACUUUCGUUCACAAAAAAAAAAAGAAAAAAAAAAAAAGAAGAAGAGAAAGCACCAUUGAUGCCUUCAAUCUCAAGUGGAAUUGGAAUUCAAUUACGUGCACUUUUGGUUCAAAUCUUAUUUUAAUCGGCCUAUAGAAAUUAUGGUGUCGAGGAGUAAGCUUUUUCAUUAAUUAUGUCUUAUUAGUGUAAAUUUUCGACGGAUGCGAACAGUGAUGGCCGCUGCAGUUUACAAGCGAUGCAAUGUUUAAUUCUCACUUCUCAUCAUCCAUUUUCCAAACCAAAGGAAUUAAGAGAUUGACGAACUCAAGUCGUGUAUGUAUCAUCAACGUCACCGGACGUAUUUUAAUUACUUCAAUAGAGAGGAAUUUGCAGUUGGAUUAUAAUUUUGGAUUCAACCAGAAGAUAGAAAAUUUAUCACAAUCGGGAUAUAAAUUCAGAAAUGAAAAGAGAAAGAUAUUUUACAAUCUGUUGGAUUGUAAUUCCGAUACUUAUUAUUUUGAAUUUUCAAUUCGUAAAAUGUCAAGACAGUGGUGAGUUUAGUGAGACGGGCAAUACUUUAGCGGUUCCAAUUAUCACAGCGGCUAUCAAUGCUAAGCUUGCCAAUCUCACACCAAUAUUUCGUGCCGAAAUUACAAAGAAUCUCAAUUUUUGCAUUAUGGAUUUCGAUGCUGAUUGGGAUGGAGCUUUCAAUUUUACCAAGAAUCUGGAUUUCAUAGCUUCCUGCAUUAAGAAAACAAAAGGAGAUCUCCCUCAGCGCCUGUGCACAGCAGCAGAGUUGAAGUUCUACUUUGAGGGUUUAUUUGAAAGGAGUAGUUCAGGGAAUGCCAAUUUCUUGAAGCUUAACAGUAAUUGUAACUUGACUUCCUGGGUUGAUGGAUGUGAGCCAGGAUGGGCUUGUAGUGCUGGGGCUAACCAAAAGAUUGACAUGAAAGACAAGCAGCAUGUUCCUUCUAGAACCACCGACUGUCAGCCUUGUUGCGAGGGUUUCUUCUGCCCUCAGGGCUUGACGUGCAUGAUGCCUUGCCCAUUAGGUGCUUACUGCCCUCUUGCAAAACUCAAUCAAAGUUCUGGAGUAUGUGAACCCUACCAUUACCAAUUACCUCCCGGGAGGCCGAAUCAUACUUGCGGAGGAGCAAAUUUUUGGGCGGAUGUUAGAAGUAGUAGCGAGAUAUUCUGCUCUGCUGGAUCAUUCUGUCCAAGUACCACCAAGGAAACUCCUUGCACCCCUGGGCACUACUGCAGAAUGGGAUCAACUUCUGAAACAAAGUGCUUCAAGUUGGCCUCCUGUGGCUCGAACACUACAAACCAAGAUAUUACCGCAUAUGGUGUCAUUCUUUUCGCUAGCUUGAGUGCCUUGCUAAUCAUAUUUUAUAACUGUUCGGACCAAGUCCUCACCACUAGGGAGAGAAGGCAGGCUAAAUCAAGGGAAGCAGCAGCAAGGAGUGCGAGAGAAACUGCACAAGCACGUGAAAGGUGGAAAUCCGCGAAAGAAGUUGCAAAGAAGGGUGCGAUUGGACUGCAGUCACAAUUUUCACGAACAUUUUCUCGCAAAAAGUCUACAAGAUCGGGGUCAUCGAGAUUUUUCGGUCUCGGGAAAAGUGGACCACUGCCACCAAGUGUUCCGAAGACAAGUAAAAGGGAACCAAGUAACCUGACAAAGAUGAUGAAAGAGCUCGAGGAGAACCCUGAUAGUAACGAGGGAUUCAGUCUGGAAAUUGGAGAUAAGAAUAUAAAGAAGCAUAUGCCAAAAGGUAAACAAAUGCACACACAGAGCCAGAUUUUCAAGUAUGCAUAUGGGCAGCUUGAGAAAGAAAAAGCUCUGCAACAGCAAAACAAGAAUUUGACCUUUUCAGGAGUAAUUUCAAUGGCUGCUGAUAUUGAGAUAAGGCCUAGGCCUGUGAUAGAGGUUGCCUUCAAAGAUUUAACACUAACUUUGAAAGGCAAACACAUACAUCUCUUGAGGUCUGUUACGGGGAAAAUCAUGCCUGGUCGUGUUUCUGCUGUCAUGGGGCCAUCUGGUGCUGGAAAAACAACAUUUCUUAGUGCUCUGGCAGGAAAGGUGACUGGAUGUAUAGUGAGCGGUUUAGUUCUCAUUAAUGGAAAGAUUGAACCCAUACACUCUUACAAAAAGAUCAUUGGCUUUGUACCACAAGAUGAUAUCGUUCACGGGAACUUAACAGUUGAAGAGAAUCUUUGGUUCAGUGCUAGGUGUAGACUAUCGGCUGACUUACCGAAACCAGAUAAAGUUCUGGUUGUGGAAAGAGUUAUCGAGUCCUUGGGUCUGCAAGGAAUACGAGAGUCAUUAGUUGGAACAGUUGAAAAGAGAGGAAUAUCUGGAGGACAAAGGAAGAGAGUGAAUGUUGGUUUGGAAAUGGUCAUGGAACCGUCGCUGCUAAUCUUAGACGAACCUACAUCAGGUCUAGACAGUUCCUCUUCUCAAUUGCUCCUAAGAGCACUCCGCAGGGAGGCUCUUGAAGGUGUCAACAUCUGCAUGGUUGUUCAUCAACCAAGUUAUGCUUUGUUCAAAAUGUUUGACGAUUUAAUACUACUAGCCAAGGGUGGUCUUACUGUCUAUCAUGGACCUGUAAAGAAAGUUGAAGAAUACUUCUCCAGCCUUGGAAUCAACGUCCCUGACCGUAUAAAUCCUCCGGAUUACUUCAUCGACAUUUUGGAGGGUAUAGUAAAACCAACGGGCGGCACAAGUAUUAAACAGCUUCCAAUUAGAUGGAUGCUUCACAACGGCUACAAAGUACCUCCAGAUAUGCUGCAGACUGCUGAUGCCAUUGCUUCUUCUGCAAAAGCAACAGAUACUAGCGCCGAAACUGAAGAAACUUCUUUCGCUGGAGAGUUAUGGAAGGAUGUCAAGACUAACGUUGAGAUUGAAAAGGAUCUACUACAGCAUAAUUUCUUGAAGUCUAAGGAAUUAUCUAACCGGGUAACUCCUGGGGUACUUCGGCAAUACAGAUACUUUCUGGGACGGGUGACAAAGCAACGGUUGCGAGAGGCUAGAAUACAGGCUGUUGAUUUUCUUCUUUUACUACUUGCUGGAAUCUGCUUAGGAACAUUAGCUAAGGUGAGUGAUGAGACAUUCGGGGCGCUUGGUUAUACCUAUACCGUUAUUGCUGUUUCUUUGCUAAGCAAGAUUGCAGCUUUGAGGUCAUUCGCUCUGGACAAGCUAAUCUACCGGAGAGAGAGGGCUUCCGGAAUGAGCAGCCUGGCUUAUUUUCUCUCCAAGGAUACAAUUGAUCAUUUCAAUACACUCAUCAAGCCUUUGGUUUACCUCUCCAUGUUCUAUUUCUUCAACAAUCCACGGUCUUCCUUUACAGAUAACUACAUCAUUUUGGUCUGCCUCGUCUACUGUGUGACCGGCAUAGCAUAUGUACUUGCCAUUUUCCUCGAACCUGGUCCUGCCCAGCUUUGGUCCGUGCUUCUUCCUGUUGUUUUAACGCUGAUUGCAACUCAAGAUGACAAAAAAGAUCAUGUAAUGGAGAACAUAGCUAACUUAUGUUACACAAAAUGGGCAUUGGAGGCGUUCGUGAUUGCAAAUGCUAAAAGGUACUCUGGAGUGUGGUUGAUAACACGAUGUGGUUCGCUGACGAAAAGUGGCUAUGAUCUUCAUGAUUGGGGUCUUUGUAUAGCAAUCCUCCUCCUUUGGGGUGUAGUUAGUCGUUUGAUAGCUUUCUUUUGUUUGGUUACCUUCAUAAAGAAGUGAUUAAGGAAAAAAAAAAAAAAAAAAAAAAAAAAAGAGGA